AUGUUAAUUACAACCAAAGAGCACUAUGUAAUGAUUAAAUCUGCCAAAAUGAGGACAGAACGUGAAGCAAAGCAAUCAACCAAAGCGAACACUAGCAGCACUAACAAAUCAUACUACUAAGAUGAACGCAGUCGACUUUAAUAACUGAUUAUAAUGAGCAUGCAAAACCCUAAAAAUAUAGAAGUAAGAAUCAAAUGAAAUGAAGACUUACUUAACCUAAUUUCUAGAUCAGAAACAUCCAAUAUCCAAUAGUUUCUAGUAAAAUAGAGUAAGAGUGUUAUCACAACCACAUUUGGGCAAUAAGCCUACUCGGUUUUAAAAACCUUUACAUAAUCCUUACAUAUCAAGACGAUAAAGCCACAUUCCAAAAGUAGACACAUCUCCAAAAUCUCCAACACGCACACCUUCAACAAAUAGUCGUUAUUUACUGUAUUCGUUUAAUGGAGACUAUGAUAAAAAAGGAACAAGAAAUACUCCGAUAUCUAAACUAUCUACUAGUGCUCUUAUAGAUUAUCACAAAUAAUUAGUGUUGAAAGCAUAAAAAUUGAUUGGUUCGAAUAAGAAGAAAUAAUGA